AGUGAAUCAUGAAUGGUUCUGAGUGUGGUGUGACAUUGCUCCGACCUGCUGAAGGUUUAGGUGUCACUCUGUAUCUUUUCUGUCCUCUUCUGAGCAGCCAUGGGAAACCAUCUCUCCAUCAUUGACCGUAGCAAAAUGCCACUGGGAGAGGACGGACACUCUUGGAAAAAGAAAAUGUCGAACAUCAAGGAUAUCUAUGACUUCAAAGAGGUUUUGGGAACAGGGGCUUUUUCUGAAGUGAUGCUUGCAGAAGAGAAGAGGACGAGAAAACUAGUGGCGAUAAAGUGCAUCGUGAAAAAAGCUCUGGAGGGGAAGGGGAGCAGCAUUGAAAACGAGAUUGCUGUGCUCCACAAGAUUAAACAUGCCAACAUAGUUUCCCUGGAGGACAUCUUUGAGAGUAAAUCACACCUCUACCUUGUCAUGCAACUAGUGUCCGGUGGCGAACUCUUUGACAGGAUUGUGGAAAAAGGAUUUUACACUGAGAAGGAUGCCAGUAAGCUCAUCCAGCAGAUCCUGGACGCUGUGAAGUACCUGCACGACAUGGGCAUCGUGCACAGAGACCUGAAGCCAGAGAACCUGCUGUAUUACAGUAUGGAUGAAGACUCCAAAAUCAUGAUCAGUGAUUUUGGCCUGUCAAAGAUUGAGGGUUCGGGUAGUGUGAUGAGCACAGCAUGUGGCACUCCUGGAUAUGUAGCUCCUGAGGUUCUGGCACAGAAGCCGUACAGUAAAGCAGUAGACUGCUGGUCAAUCGGGGUCAUCGCUUACAUUCUUUUGUGUGGCUAUCCACCAUUUUACGACGAGAAUGAUGCCAAGCUCUUUGAGCAGAUCCUGAAGGCAGAGUACGAGUUUGAUUCACCGUACUGGGACGAUAUCUCUGACUCGGCUAAAGAUUUUAUUGUGCAUUUAAUGGAAAAAGAUCCCAGCCAGCGUUACACGUGUGAACAGGCUCUUCAGCACCCAUGGAUCGCUGGAGACACAGCGUUGGAUAAGAAUAUCCAUGAAUCUGUCAGUGCCCAAAUUAAGAAGAACUUUGCCAAAAGCAAGUGGAAGCAAGCAUUUAACGCCACAGCAGUAGUGCGUCACAUGCGCAGGCUGCAGUUGGGAACCAGUCAGGAGGGCCAAAUGCAGUCCACCUUGCCCAGCCCCUGCCACGGACACCUGCUGCUGCCCGAAGGAGAAGAGGAAGAGAGCUCCCUUCGGAGGGAAAGUAGUGGCUGUUCCGAGGGUGUCAGUGAUGGGAAUGACAUCCAGAACUGCACCUACCAUGUCCAUCCUACUAGUCAGGUCUGAGUGUCAAUCAUCCUGCAGUAACCAAUGACUGACUGUCCUGUUUUUCCACUGGAGUCCUGCCACACCCCCAGUCUGGCCAGGAAUACUGAGUAGCGCCAGCAUCCUGCCACUUGGAGGCGCUGCACUGUAAAGAACCCAGGUGGGAAUGGGGUCACUACUAUUCCAACGGAGUGGUUCUGUUUAAUGAGAGUUCAAAAGGUUACAAGAUUGCCACAGGCGCUUUGUGGGUAAUAUAUGAUAUUGCAGGAGCUGGAUAGCGAUUGGACAGUGCUUUAACAAAUU